AUGUCUUCCAGUCUGCGGGUUUUCAAGAAAUCACUUAUUCUACUCUCUGCACUUGUGAUAUCCUCAAUCCCAUACAACAUGGCAAUUGCAAAGAACAUCCGGUGCAAGUGCGGUAAACGCUUUGCAACAGUCGAAGCUAUGACGCAACAUACUAGCGACUCCCCUCUCCAUGCUCAAGAAAGAGCACAGCCAGCAGCUGAUCGUGACACGGGAAAUGAGACGUCUACACAUAAUCCAUCCAUCACGGAUAACAAGUCACAAUCAAGCACCCUCCAUUGGACGAAGGAGCCUAUAGCUUUCGUCAAGGCCGGGGCGAACCAACCCACGAAAUCAUGGCGAAAAGGGGGAAAGGCUCAACGCAACGGAAGCAAUUCGUAUCAUUCGGGCUCAUCAUAUGGCGAAGACUACUCAGAUAUCGGAGAUAAUCAUGCUCUUUGUGACAAGGAUUGCGGAUGGUGUGGGCAUUGUGCGGAUUAUGUUGAUUAUUGA